AAACCAUGCGUCCCUAAAUUGAAAACCCUGGAUAAAACCUCGCCCCCUUUCUCCCUAAAACCCUAGAAAUCCUAACCAUGAAAACGGUCUCAGGGAUCGUCGUCUCGUCGAAGUCAAUCUCUCUCUCCAAGGCGACCUCCACUCUGUCCUCCUUCGUCACCAGCGACACCGGCGCGUCGCAAGAGUUUAGCGUCUACCUCCGACGCACCUUGACAUCGUUCAAGGAGCUGAAGCAGCUGCACAAGGAGCUCAAAUCGCCGAGGUCGGAACGGAAGAAAUCGCGGCGGCACAGGUCGGAGACCGAAAACGACGACGCAGAGACCGUCGGAGAGAAUCCAGCUCAGAGUGCCGGUGUGAGUGAAGUGAGUCAUGGGCUCGAGUUCAAGCCGAAAACGCAGCGACAGGUAGUGGAUGCCGAGGGGAAGAAGGAGGAGAGGAAGAAGGGUGAAGUUCGUAAUUUUGGGGAAGAUGGAGGUGGAAUUGCAGAGAGGGGAGGGGACGGUGGUGAAAAGAAAGAGGCAUCUGAUUCAGUAGAGGUGCCUAGGAAGAAGAAGAAGAAGAAGGACACUGAUGGUAAUUCUAAUGAAAAUGGAGGGCAGAUUGACAAGGGAGAUGCUGGGGCUAAAAUUGCAGAGAGGGCAAAUGGGGGUGUUGAAAGGAGAGAGCCGGCUGAUUCAGUUGAUACACAAAAUAGGAAGAAGAAAAAGAGGGACAAUGUUAGCAAUUCCGGUGAAAACAGGGUUCAAAUUAAGAAGGGACACGGCGGGGCUAAAACGGGGAGCGGAGAGGCAAAGAAGGAGGAGAGUAAGAAGCGGAAGAGUGGGGUAUUAGAAGAUGGAGGUUCUGAUGCUUCGGAAGAACAAGGGGAUAAGAAAAAGAAGAAGAGGAGGAAAAUUUGAGAAGACAAUGACACAAUUGUUCAUUGCUGUCGGUUUUGAGUUUUCUGGGAUUCGGUGGAGAUUUCAAUUCCAUGAGGGUCUGCUGCUCUGCACGUUCAGGAAUAACGCAUAAUCCUAUCAGAUACCGUGGUAACCCGUUAUAUAAGAGCACUACCAGGUAUGAUAUCUGUGUAUCAACUCUUCCGUGUUCGUGUUUCCUCUUAUUUAACAAUAUCGCCCCCACCAUCUUGCUUUCUCCUUUGCCAAGAUUUCGUUCUUCCUAUUUGCCUUAAUAUAUCAAUGUUUAUUCAUGUAAUUGAAAACAAAAAAGAAGGGUACACAGUACCAGUUCAACACUAAAUGCUGCAGAAACUGUAGAAUCCUUACUCCUCGGUAAUGACUCUUUAGAUGUAUAUGUAUUUUUGGUAUACCAUGUAUAUUUGAAUUCCCUCUGUUUCUGAUUUUUUUUUUUCUUGAGAAAAGAUCAAUAGCUUCAUUAAGAUAGUAUCAACAGGGUUGCCACAAAAUAAAAUUUUGAAGACCCCUUUGUGUCGCCAGCAAGAGGCCAUCUCUGGCAGCCAACGCCUCAGCCUGAAGAGGAGAAUACACAUGUUCAAGCUUUUCGCAGCAGCUGCCACAAAAGAGCCCUGAUCAUCCCUGAUAAUACUCCCAACACCCCCCUGUUUGAGUUGUUCAUUCCAUGCACCAUCAACAUUAACCUUGAGGAAGGAAGUAGAAGGACGAGACCAACGAAAAUGCAACUGUGUAUGAGCCCCGGUUCUUUGGGUGGGGGUAAAAGCCACUCUGUUUAAUUCCUGCCACCAACAAUGACAUCGGGAGUGACAAGGUCAGGUGGAGUCACUACAUCGUUCCACAAAUGGUCGUUCCUUGCAUUCCAAAUAGCUCACAUGAACAUCAAACAAAUCUCAAAAUUUGAUUGAUUAUGUUCGACAGCCCAGAGAGCUGAGCAAUCUAAAACAGAGGAAGAUCACGAAGUACACGGGGGAUAUCAUACAUUUUGAAAAUGCAAUCCCACAUUAGAUGGUUCGUGGAUUCGCCAUACGCUCCACAGAGAACACAUACCAUAUCCGUUUUGAAUCCUCUUUCUAUGGAGAUUGAUUCAUGUCGGGAUGAUAUCCAAUCCAAUCCUCCAAACCCCAGUCUUAACCUUAGGAGGCACCCUAGCAGCCCAUAGUUUCUUCCAAGCCUCACCGGAAGAAUUAGCAGAGGAGGAUGAAGCGCCUCCCUUCAAGAUUGAAUCCAGUCCCGGGUGACAUGAUACGCACUCUUGACUGAGAAGAUACCUUUCCUGUCAUAGUGCCAUAUGAAUUUGUCAUUCGGCAAGCGGAAGCUCAGGGAAAGGGACAGAAUGCUUUGAACGUCCACAUCCGAGAAGAGAUGGCUCAGGAGCGGAAUGUUCCGAUUUUUAGACUCAUCAAUAAGGUCUUCUACAAGAAUUAAGUCACAGUGAGGCGGUUUCGGGGAAAAAAUCUGGGACCGAGAGGGAAUUGGGAGCCAUCUAUCUUCCCAAAUUCUCACUUUAUCUCCCCUUAAUAAAGAGGGAUUAAGGGAAAGAAAAACUUUGGUAGGAGGAAACAUUUGGCCACAAGCUUGUUCACCAAAAUUUGGCCACAAGCCGGUUCAAAUCGUCGCAGAAAAACUUUGGUAGGAGGAAACAUUCAUCGUAUAGAGAGGGAUUGACUGGGCAACAACCUUAAUAAAGAGGGACUCUUUAUUU